AUGACCAAGCUCGGCCUCGAGGCCAAAGACUUGGAGCCGACCCAGACGAUCUUCCAUGGCAUCGUUCCCGGCCUCUCCUGCUCUCCGAUCGGCCGGAUCCGGCUCGACGUCCUGUUCGGCGACAGCAACCACUUCCGACGCAAGCCGCUCUGGUUCGAGGUGGUGGACCUGUCCAGCGCAUACCAUGCGCUACUGGGCCGGCCCGCGCUCGCCAAGUUCAUGGCGGUCCCUCACUACACUUACCUAAAAAUGAAGUUGUCGGGUCCGAAGGGCCUCAUCACCAUCACUGGUGACUACCGCAAGUCCCUGGAGUGCGCCCGAGAGGGCGCCAAACUGGCCGAGUCACUGGUCAUAGCCGAGGAGCGGCGCCAGCUCGACCGAAUCGUCGCCCUGGCCAACGAGACGUCGGCCGCACCAGUUCCGGCCGAGGAGCCGGCCGACGAGGCCUCGUUCAAGCCCUCCAAGGAGACCAAGAAAGUGAAGCUGAACCCGGAAGGCCCCAGCUACAGCAAGUACGUUGUCGUGGGCACUCGCCUCGAUAGCAAAUAG